UCUCGAGUCCCGUGGUCUGGUUACAGAGUCGACCUGAUCGCGAUUAUUGGAAACGCAGCGUUCAAUCGCGCGCGUGUCUGUGACGAUGUCGCGAAUUUGGGAGGAUUACCCAUAGUGUUAAAUCAUACGAGAGGCGAAGAAGGCGAGGCGUACCUCCGAGAGUGGGCGCUUUGGGCAGUGCGAAACUUAACGCAAAGUAGUGAGCUGGCGCGCAGUAAAAUCGCCGAGCUUCAACCUCAAGCCGUAGAAGAAAGUGAAGAGCUUCUCUCUAGAAGUCUCGGCGUCGAACUGAAUAGAGAAACUGGAAGACCGAGAGUGGUGAGGCGAGAACAG